AUGGAAGAUUUCGAGGUGCAUGAAUGUGAUUUGUUUGAACAUGAGCCUUACGCAGUUGAUUGCUUAGCGUUAGACGAAGGAAAGGGUAUUCUGUCAGUUGCGCGGCAUUCAGAUUUCGCAGAUGAAAAACGUGAUGGGAUAAUUGAAUUUUGGAAUGUAAUUGGUACGCCAAUGUUUUAUGUUCGGAGCACAUUUCUUGGAACUAAAACUGCCGAAUCACUGCUUUGGAAAAGCGAUAUUUUGCUUGCAGCUCAUUUAGAUGGUUCGAUAACAGGUCAUCGUCUUCAUACGUCAGAAUACUUUACUGUUCGACUUACACCAAGUCCGCUGUGGUGUUUGGCUUCAAUAACGGGGAGUGCCUUCUGUGCUGGUUCAGGUUCAGGAGCUGUGCUAAUUUUGUCUUUGGAAGAAAAUAAUCAUAUUGCUUUGAACAAAACAGUAUCUAUUGGCUUUAGUACGCAUGUCAUGUCACUGGCAUGCAAUAACGAAAUUAUCGCUGCUGGAACGAUAGAUGAAAUUAGUCUUAUAAGCGUGUCGAAACAACGAAUAGAAUAUAGAAUGAAAUUACCUCGGAUUGAAAAACGGAAACCAACUGUUGUUUGGUGCUUAUGCUUCAUCGGCGAUUUAUUGGCAUCGGGUGAUUCACGAGGAUAUGUAACAUUCUGGAAUGCAUCGAAUGGUGCAUUUUCACAAUGUUUGCAAACACAUCAAAGUGAUAUUUUAUCGAUAACUGUAAUGAAUCACUCACUUUAUGUCGCUGGUGUGGACCCUACAAUUGCACGACUUGGCCUUAAUCAGGAACAUACUGCAUAUCGCAUUGAACAUCGAAGAACAAUUCAUAACAGUGACGUACGAGCUCUGGUUGCAUCGGAACAUACAACGGCUCUCUAUUCUGGUGGUGCCGAUUACUACUUUUGUGUUAGUAAUCGUUCUAAACAUGUUGACGCUUUAAAAAAUAUAACUUGUAAUGUUGUUGAGAAUGCAAAUUUCUUUUUCUAUCAGUACGAUAGUCGCAUUGUUAUUUGGAAAGCUGGUAAACCUACUACAGUAGCAUCAGAGAAAAGGAUUCAUUGCUUGGCAAAGGGUCCAGUUAAGUUAGCUCAGUUGCGGUCUUAUCGUGGAGAAUUCAUUGUAUCAAGUGCACUGAACAGUGAAGGCAAAUUAUUAGCAGUUUCUACAGUUUCUACAGCAACCAUUUAUAAGUUGGAUCUCAAUUCCUCGAAAGAACUCAGCAUAUCUGUCCUGAAGAGAAUGCUUAUUUCUGGAACAGGAUUGCUAUUUACAUCAACAUCUUUGUUUAUUGCAUCUGGAUGUCUCAGGAUAUAUGACUUACCAAUUGAUAAUUCUAUACCACAAUAUCCAAAUGUAGUCGCUGAAAGAGAUAAUGCUGGUGAGGUAGUUCGACUACACUCUAACAUGAACGAAAUGUCUCUUGUAUUACUCACAGCACGAAAUGAGCUUUUUAUUCUGGAAAUCCGCAAAAAGACAUUACGAAAGUUGGAAAUUCCCGGCACAAACAUUUUUAUUGAUGCUCAAUUUAUCAGUCUUACUUCACUUUAUAUUCUAUGCGCUGACAGAAAAUGUACACUUAUCGAAUAUGACACCGAUACAAAUAUUCUUAGUGACAAUACGAUUUCAACGGAAGCACUAUGCAUGUUACCGGACGAAUCAGUUUUACAAAUGGAUUGCAAUAGUUCAAAUGAUGUUGUUUUGAGUGGUUCACGGGGUAGUUUUCGAGUUAUUGCUGUUAUCAACGGAAAACGAGUAUUGCUAUAUGGACCAGAAGCAUGCGCACUGAAGAAAACGGAAGAAGAUGAUGGAGUAUGCUUGAUGCGUAGAGAUCGAUGCAGCCAAGCCUUUUGGUUAUCAGCCCGAAAAUUGCUCUUCACGACUCCAAUUAUGCUUGCCGAACCUUCCCAAACCGCUUUUCGACUUAAACGCUACGGCCUAAAUUGA